GACACCAGAGGACAAGCGGAGAGACUCCUCCAGGCCCACAGAGCACGCUCACGCUCUCCAAGAUGGUGUCCCACAAGGCUGUGGCUGCCCUGCUGGUGGUGCACGCAGCCACCAUGCUGGCCUCCCAGACGGAAGCCUUUGUCCCCAUCUUCACCUACGGUGAACUCCAGAGGAUGCAGGAAAAGGAACGGAAUAAAGGGCACAAGAAGUCCCUGAGUGUGUGGCAGAGGUCUGAGGAGCCAGGUCCUGUAGGCCCCAUGGAGCCCGCGGAGGAAGAAAGAAACGAGGUGAUCAAGCUCACUGCUCCUGCAGAAAUUGGAAUGAGGAUGAAUUCCAGGCAGCUGGAAAAGUACUGGGCCUCCCUGGAAGGGCUGCUGACAGCCAAGUGACAGCCCCGAGCAGGUGGGCAGAUCUGGGAGCCCCUCCUGCCUGAGUGAGGCUCCAGAAAUCUGCACCGCCCACCAGCGGGGCUCGGAAGGAAAACACCCUUUCCAGAGCAAAUCCCCUCCAGCAAAUAAAGCAUGAAAUUCACAG